UAGAAAGAAAAGAGAAGAAAUCUCCCGAGAAAGCUAAAAGGCCGCGAGCAAUGGCUUCCACUGAAGAACCCAUUCUCUCUCGACUGGACCGGCUUGAUAUCACGCUGAGGAAGUUGGAGGAAAUCAGAGGGUGCAACAUGAGAUCAUCAUCAUCAGCAAAGAGCUCAUACACAUCGACGCCGUCGAGUGGGCCCCUGGCAAGCGAUGGAGGAAGCUUGUCGGCUGAUUUAUCUCCUAAGAGCCUGGACAAGCAUUGCCGUCCGAUUAACGUCGUCAUGAUUGAGACAGGGGUCAAGGGUUCUCUCAUUGAACGCCUCGUCCAUCUGGAGAACCGUAUUCUAGAGAUGGAGGAAGAAAUAGAGGCAGAGAAGAAGGGAGUGAAAGAGGGAGAGGGUAGAAGAAAUCCCAACCAAAAGAAGAAAAGGAAGGGAUUGAAGCAGCUGGUUAAGUCAUGCGUGGGAGGAAAACCCAAAAUGAAAGACAGCAAAGCCGAGGGCUGAAGCUUUUGAGAAACCAUUAAUUUCUUGGGUUUUAGUUUGUUUUUCUUUCUUUUGUAGAUAGAUGAUGGGGUGAUUUUAAUUGGUUAAAGGACAAUAAAAGUGGUGUUAUUUGUGUAAAUAAUAAAGGUGGUGGGUGUAAUUUUGUGUAAGUAGUGGGGCGAAGGUUUUUUUUGCCCCAGCUGUUAAGAGUGUUCACCCAGGUCUUCCUUCGCCGUGGGUGAAGGAUUUUUUUUUUUUUUAUUA